UAUCAUCACACAACUAAAAACACUCCCAACAAACACCGAACAUUCUUCAACUUCCAUUCCAUAUCAAGUUUUACCAAUCUUAAUUUCCUAGUCCAAAAUGGGUGUUGUCUCUUUUGAAUCAGAGAAUGUCCUCGCAAUCCCACCAUCUAAGCUCUUCAAGGCCUAUGUCCUCGAUGGUGUCAACUUGUUCCCCAAUGUUAUCUCUCAAAUUAAGAACAUCGAAAUCCUCGAAGGUGAUGGUGGAGCGGGAACUAUCAAGAAGAUCACUUUUGGAGCUGAUGAUCAAGCCACAUACGUGAAGCACAAGAUUGAAUUAGUAGACAAAGAGACUUUGUCAUACAACUACAGCAUAAUCGAAGGCGAUAUUCUGAGGGGUGCCCUCGACAAAAUCAGUUCGGAGAACAAGAUUGUGGCAUCUCCUGAUGGAGGGUCUAUCUGGAAGACCACCACCGCAUACCACACCAAGGGUGACAUUGUGAUUCCGGAGGACAAAAUCACUGAAGCAAAGGGAACGGCCACUGCCAUGUUUAAGGCUGUUGAAGCCUACCUCUUGGCCAAUCCUGAUGCCUAUUAGUUUCCCCUUCAAUCGUUGGUCAAUCAAAUAAAGAUGGGGACUUUAUUUCACUAAAUAAAAGUUCCUCUGGUAUUUUUUUUUGGCUGUUUUGAGUUAAUUCCAUGCAGGAGUGUGUAUUUUGUAUUUUUUUUCAGUUUAAAAUGUAUUAUUUAUAAAUAAUGAGUACUGUCUUUUCACAUCUUCACAAAUUUCAAGUUAA